AGCAGAGUCGGGAGGGCGCGGGGACGGUGCUGGGCGCAAGGGCAACGCAGCGGGAACCGCGGAGCGCAGAGGCGCGUGGUGCCCAGGCCACCAGCAGGCGAGCGCCCUCGGAGCCUUGCAGAGAGGCAGGUAAGGCGCACCCGCAAAGGUGAAAGGCUGGAAAAUGAGGGGUCUUCUGAAGGCAAACGCGCCUUCUGGAGCUCGCGAUUCUCCCCGGGCGAGCGCGGAGACCCAGGGCGGCACCCGCAGUGGGGAGCUGGGCUCCUGGCAUAUCCAGCGAGGAAACCUUCAGGGCUUGUGCCGGCGCUCCGGGAUCCAGGAACGGCGACACAAAAGCGCUCGCACGUCCUUAGAGCAUCCUUGGAUUCUCCCCUUCCACACACGCCUCAACUUGCGUUGCCAUGGAGACCACCAACCGGACUGAGCUCUGGUAUGAGAGCCUGCACUCUGUGCUGAGGGCUCUGAAUGCCACACUCCACAGCCACGUGCUCUGCCGGCCGGACCCAGGGCGAGACAACCACACUGAACUGCAGCGGGCCAGGCUGCCUGGCCGCGAUGACAACUCCUACAUGUACAUUCUUUUUGUCAUGUUCCUGUUUGCCGUCACCGUGGGCAGCCUCAUCCUAGGAUACACUCGUUCCCACAAAGUGGAUAAGCGCAGCGACCCCUACCAUGUGUAUAUCAAGAACCGAGUGUCUGUCAUCUGAUAGGAGGGAGUCGAGGCUAGAGGGAGAGCAAGACACCCACUGAUGCAUCUUCUAGGGCAUCUUGGACUCAGCAAUGGACCACGUCGGAUUUCAAUGCCCCUCUCUGUGAGAUCAGCGGGAUACAGGGCACAGGAUGUUGUCAUGGGGGUGAGAGGAACUGGCAGAUAUGGGUUUGGGAGGGAGGAUUUCUCCCACCCCCAACUCAGGCAAAGAUGGACUUUAUAAACAGUGGGAGCCCAUGGUCAGACAGAAGGACUGAACGAUCAAGACCAACAACUGGUUCAAUGGCUAGAGUCAUGGAGAAAGGGAGGUUGGAGGUUGUGGUAGAGGAAGCAGGAAGAUACACUGGGGACACACUCUAUAUGUGUGAGUGUUUUAUGUGUAUGAUCUGCAACCACUAUGAGGAGCAAGGGUGAUUAUUAUCCCUUAUCACAGACGGGAAACCAGAACCAGGUUAUUGAUACCAGGUCCCUAUGUGAUUCCUUCCAAUCCCCUUAAAGAAAGUGGGUCAACAGGGACUGGCAUGGUGGCAUAUCAAGCUACUCCUCCGCGUGCAACACUGGCAUCCUAUUUGGCUGUCAGCUCAGGUCCUAGCUGCCCCAUUUCUGAUCCAGUUUCUUGCUUAUGGCCUGGGAAAGCAGCAGAGGAUGGCUCAAGUCGUUGGGACCCUGCACCAGUGUGAGAUACUUGGAAGAAGCUCCUGGCUUCAGACUGGCCAAGUUCCAGCCAUUGCAUCCAUCUGGGGAGUGAAUCAGCAGGUGGAAGAUCUCUCUCUAACUCUCCCCUGUUUCUCUUGCUUUUCUCUUUCUGUAGCUCUUCCUUUCAAAUAAAAAUAAAUAAAUCUUCAAAAAAGCAGGAUGAUAAAACCAAGCAAAAGCAAAGUGAUACCACUAGUGUAACCCAAUGCCUCUGGUCUUCAUAAUCUGAUGAAUUUUUAAAUUUUAAUUUAAUUUAAUUUUAAAUUAUUUUGUGAUAUAGUUUCAUAGGCUUUAGGAUUUCCCAUCUGCCUUAUUAACUUCCCCUCUAGUAUUACAAUGAAUGGUCCUUCAUGAACAAUCAUAAGUUCUGACAUUGUAGGCAUGGACAAUGUCAGAGAGUCCCGCAUCCUACUGUCAGGGUAUUUUCAACUGUUUCUUUGGGAGCCCAUCUUUGGUCUGGAUGCAGAGAGACGUACUGCACUAUGUCUCCACAUCUUUACUCAGUGAAUCUUAAAAUUGUGCCACUUGGGAAUGGGUCCAGGCUUGAAGGGUAAACAGGCCUGCAGACCUUCUUUAUGAAAAAGAAUUCUAAAUUGCUUUGCCUUUGCAAAUUACAAGAAUAUCAUCACCAUGUUCAUAUGUCACCAGGACUCCUCCUAGAACUGUAUGAAGGAUAUUGCACAGGUGCUGAAUUUUUUGUUUCUUUUAAAAAUGUAUAUUUCACACACACACACACACACACACGAGUUCCCAUUUGCUGGUUCACCCCCCUAAAUGCCUGCAUUGACCAGGGCUGGGGCAGGCCAAAAUCAGGGGCCAGAAACCCAAUCUGGGCCUCCCAUGUGGGUGGCAGGAACCCAAGGAUUUGAGCCAUCACCACAGCCUCCCAGGGUCCACACUGGCAAGAAGCUAGAGUUGGGAGUUAACACUGGGAGUCAGACCGAGGCACUCUUGUUGUAGGUUGGUGCUGUCUUUGAGCUUCCUGACUUGGCCGACUGCCUGCCCCUGGGGCCCUGAGUGGGUAACUCCCAGGUACGUAUCCUUGGAGCCACGUCACAGGGUCCUUCCCAACCAUGCCACCUACCACGGGGGCUUAACCACGUCUAAAGUGGCCUCUGCUGCUUUGAUUGAGUUCUGUGGGAGUCUGGGAUCCAAGUUGAAGCCUGCCUUCAGCAGGUGACAAUCGCACCUGUGAGAGUAUCAUCGUGAAGGCAGCAUGGCAGGCAGGGACCUGGGUCCGUGGGAAACAGAACUGAUCUGACUCCAGGAGCACGGUGUGUGGCCUCAGGCUGGACGCAUCUCUCUGCAGCCCCGCUCCUCUUCAGUACCCUGAUAUAGCCAGGCUGGAGAGUGUCUGAGGGCUCUGUCAGUUCUGACGGUCGGCGCUCCACAUGGGUGAGGCAGGAUCCUAGGAGAUCACUGCGUGGGUGGAGGCCAGAGACCGCUGAACAAGAGUAGCAUCAUGUGGUUCCUGCCAACACAUGCAGUGUAGCCAGUGACUUCUUCCUCAGCCGUUGGUCCCAGAUCCACCUGCUGAUCUGUCCGUCAGACUCCCAUGGGCGGGACCUCCAAGUGGUUCUCUCAACCCCACUAAACCAUGCAUCAUAGUGUACAGCAAAGCUUUGAUAGGCAG